CCAGCAUUUUGGUUUGCUGGAAGAAUGAGGAGAGGGAGACCAAGUUCUGCUUACUGUGAGUUGCAUCUGGGUAAGUACAUGGCCUUAGUGUGAUUGAGUUAUUUUGCCAUUAAAUUUAUUGUAAAUUGAAGCAGAAUCCGUUCCUCUUCAAGCUGAUUUACUAUCCUUAAAAUAAUGGGGUUUGGCUAAAUCAGAACUAGUUCAGAAAUCUGAGACGAACACUAGUUGACCAGAACGACAAAGCCUCACAUAGAGAAGUUUAUGGAUUUAAAGGGUAAUGGAGUAUUUUAUUUAGGUAGACAGUAGAAGAGACAGUGAAUCAGAAAAUAAUUGCCAGAGUCAAGGCAUGUAAUUUCUCUUUCUGUCCUCAGGCUAGUAUCUCUAAAAGUAUGUACUAAAAGGGUCAGAAGAUAGAGAUUCUCCCUUAGACUGACCACUUAGCACAGGAGGAAGGGAAAAAUCUCCUUUCUUACUGACUGGUCUCAAGCUCUGUAGGAAAAUGACCUGGCUUCUAUCUCCCACAGUAUAAUUAAAGUCCAUCUGAUACUCUAGUACUCUCACUUUAGAGGGCUGCAUCUGGGACCAUAGGAAGUUUUCCUGUAAGUAAUGUUAUGACAUCAAAUAUGGAUAAAAAAUCCUAAGGACAUCAUGGGGGAAUAAUUUUUUGUGGGAUGACCUACUCAUGACUGUAGUUUUUUUUUUUUCCCUAAGGCUACAGUUUUCCUUUUGCAAUAUUCACCCUUUGAUGAUAUUGAUGAUAUCAGUGGUAUCUUACCAAUAAUAUGUUGCAUGAUCAGAUAUAAAAGUAAAAGAAGGUUUUUUUUUCCUGCUCGGCAAUAGAGUACAGAAAAAAUGGCUAACACUCUUAAAAUUACAUUAUCCUUUAUGAAAACUUGUAACCAUGUGCACAGUUCUUUUUUUUAUCAUUUAACAUAAAUAUAUUCAAGAUAAAAUAAUUUAUUUUUACUUAAUAAAGUAUAAAAACUAGACAUAAAAUAUAAUAUUUAAAAUAAUUAAAAAAUCCAGUCACCACGCUUAUACUAUUUUAUUUUUUAUUAGUUUUUUCCCCUUCUUAAAUUUGAAAAAAAUUAUAGUUGACACACAACGUUACAUUAAUUUCAGGUAUACAAUAUAGUGAUUCAGCAACUCUAUAUGUUAUGCUAUGUUUACCACAAGUGUAACUACCCUCUGUCAUCAUACAACACUAUCGCAAUAUCAUUGACUGUAUUCCCUAUGUUAUACCUUUCAUCCCUGUGACUUAUUCAUUCCAUAACUGGAAGACUGUAUCUCCCACUCCCCUUCAUCCAUUUGAUGACACUGUUUUAUAUGUUUCACAAAGUUCUUAAUUCUUCAGUCAUGAUAUUCUACAAAAUAGCUCAGAGAGUUGAAGAAAUGGAAAAGUCAGUGAUAGGGGAUACACGAAACUGGACAGAAGUUCAGGAAUUCACUCUGGAGGGCUUUCCUGCUGUCCAGAACCUUGGAAAGGUUCUCUUCCUGGUACAUCUGCUGGCAUACCUGGCCUCCAUCAUGGGAAAUACACUCAUAAUCACCAUUACCUGGACUGACCAUCGCCUCCAGACACCCAUGUACUUCUUCCUCCGCAGUUUCUCCUUUUUUGAAUGCUGUUUUGUAACCACUGUUAUUCCUAAAUUGUUGGCCAUCUUUCUGUCAGGGAGGCAAUCAAUUUCUUUUGUGGCUUGCUUCACACAAGCCUUUGUCUUUCUUUUCCUGGGAACAACUGUUUUCUUCCUUAUGGCGGUAUUAUCCCUAGAUAGGUACCUGGCCAUUUGCAAACCUCUGUAUUACUCAACCAUCAUGAACCCAAGGAUGUGUUUCCUUCUGGUCACUGCCUGCUUAUCUUUGGGAUUUGUCCUCAUGGUGGUUCCAAUUAUAAUGCUUUCCCAGUCAUCCUUCUGUGGCUCCCAUGUCAUCCCUCACUUCUUUUGUGAUUUUGGGCCACUGAUUCAUCUCUCUUGUUCUGACACCAGAUCUACUGAAAUGUUGGCCUUUAUCCUUGCUUUGUUUAUCCUUUUGACAUCCCUUAUCAUAACCAUCAUUGCAUACAGCAACAUAGUAGUCACAGUUGUGCGACUUCCGUCAGCCAAGGAGCGACACAAAGCUUUCUCCACCUGCUCCUCUCACCUCAUUGUCCUCUCUCUGAUGUAUGGCAGCUGUGUCUUUAUAUACGUGAAACCAAAGCAAACAAACAGGCUGGACUCUAACAGGGAGGCUGCCCUUGUGAACACGGUGGUGACUCCGCUGCUGAACCCUGUCAUCUACACUCUGCGGAACAAGCAGGUCCAUCAGGCUCUGAGGGAUGCUCUGUCCAGGGUUAGAUUGCAGAAAUAGAACCAUAGACUGUCAGAGGGAGAAUGCCUCUUCUCCAUCUAAUGCAAUCUCCAUCCUAUUUCUGGAAUCUCUUACAUAGUCUUGCAACUGUGUUUUUCAAGUUUCCGCUCGUUUAUUCUUAGAAUAAGGGCCAAUUUAUCUUAUAAUCCAAUGUACUCCACUACUUGAAAGCUCUAACAUUCUUGUUCAUAUCGAAAUGAAAUUAUCUUCCUGUUCUGUGAUCUUCUGUUCAUGAGUUUUAACUCGAUAGGAUUCAACAAAUUUUAAUGAGGAGUCUCAUAUCCAUGAUUCUGUUUGAUGCAUGUGAAAUCUCAAAGUUGAGAAGGUGUGGUUUCAUGUAUCUACUUAUGGUAAGUACAUAGAGACGGAAAAUGAAAUUCACAAGAAUUAAGAAUAUCAACUUGGUUCAAGGAUAGAUGUAACAUGGUCACUUUAUUGAUUUUUGAAGGACACAUGUACAUAACUGUCAUGAUAUUAAUAGCAUUACUUGAAAUGACUCAAUGCAAUUGUUUUCAAUUGUGCAUUGUCUGUAUAUAAAUAGAAUAUAAAUCUUUACAAUUCUAGUUUACGCUAUAAUGAAGACAUAUAAAUGUCUCUAAUUGAAAUUGAAAGUUUCCUUUGGUUAUGCUCAUCUGCUAGUACUGAUUUCAGUACUAAAGACCCGAUGAUGGAGUACCAGAGAGAGAGAAGCAUUAUGAUUUCUGGAACAAAGAAUUGAGUGGUUAAGAUUGUUUCCCUACUACAGAAAAGGAAUUGGGGGGAAUCUAAUCAAAGGUGGAAAGGAGUCUGAUUGUGACUGUAGAGUCUUUCUAAGUAAAUCUAUAAACAAGUAUCUUUAUUUGUGAAAUGAGAGCUUUGAUGUGAUAAUCUCUGGCUGUCCAUUAUUAGUACUAGUGUGAAAUGACACGACUGAUACCAAACAUGACACAAAGACACACUGUAAUAGAAAUACAAUUUGAGCAUAGAAAAGAGAAAAUGAUGAGAUGUUUUUGUUUGUUUUAAUUUUGUUUAGUGUUAAGUUCACGCAUGACAUCUUUAAUGUGUUUUUUGGCCAUGUGUAUGUCUUCUUUGGGAAAAUGUCAGUGCAGGUCCUCACCCAUUUUAAAAUCAGAUUAUUUUGGGGGCUUUUUUGGGUGUUAAGUUUUUAAAUAUAUUUUGGAUAUUAACCCCUCAUUGGAUAUGUCAUACGCAAAUAUCUUCUCUCAUUCAGUAGGUUACCUUUUGGUUUUGUUGAUGGUUUCCUAUGCUGUGCAAGUGAUGAGAUAUUUUAAUGAAGAAUUACAACUAUAAUUUAGUUAUUCAAGAUUUUGGUAGGAAAAGAUAGAUUUGGACACAAGACACAGUAAGAAAAGUCCUGGAGCUGGUGUUUGCUUGGCAUAGUUGGCUAUCAUGCUUUGAUCUGACCACAUUAUUCUGUAGUUUCAGGCAUAAUAAUUGACUGUGUUAUGAAGAUUUCUGGCAUACAAUUAUGAAUGAAUUUGAAGAAUAGACUACUCAAUUAACGCAACACAUUUUUGUUCACCCUAUGCACAUAUAAAAAUUUCCAAGUAUUUUUUUGUGUUGGCUUAUCUCUUUUUAUGACUUUUGGUAUAUUCCCUUUGCUCAAAGCAUCACAUUGUCAAUGAUUUUUCCCAGAAUGGCCACUUAAUGGUACAGUUAUUGGCAUAAAGGUCUCCCCAUAGGAAUGCACAUGUCAGUGGAGGCUGGUGAUGGCAGUUGGGCUGUAGCAUGCAGCUUGUGGGCCUAGCUGAAGGUGAGCCCAGUGGUGCAAGCUAGUGACGGAGUCAAGGCCAAAUCUGGGGCCACAUGCAGCUAAUUCAAAAUAUAUAAAGAACUCAUACAAAUCAAUGAUUAAAAAAACACAACUCAAAUAAAGUAAUUGGCAAAGGACCUGAAUAAACAUUUUUUCCAAAGAAGACAUAUAAAUAGCCAGUAGGUAUAUGAAAAGAUGUUCAACAUCAUUAAUCAUCAGAGAAAUACAAAUCAAAAUCACAAUGAGAUAUUAUCUCACACCUAAGCUAGGUUAGAAUGGCUAUCAUAAAAAAGUGAAAGGAAAAGAAGUAUUGGUGAGGAUGUGGAGAAAGGGGAACUUUGGACACUGUUGAUGAGAAUUUAAACUGGUGCAAUCACUGUGGAAAAUAAUAUGGAGGUUCCUUAGGAAGCUACCUAAGUGUCCAUCCAUAGAUAAGUGGAUAAAGAAGCUUUGGUGCACACACACACACACACACACACACACACACAAUGGAAGAAUACACAGGCACAAAAAAUGAAAUAUUGCCAUUUGCAACAACAUGGAUGAUUUAGGGGAUAUCAUGCUAAGUGAAAUGAGUCAUUCAGAGAAAGACAGAUACCAUAUAAUUAACUUAUAUGUGGAAUUUAAGAAAUAAGUGAAUAAAAAAGAGAGACAAACAAAAAACCAGACUCUUAAAUAGAGAACAAACUGGUGAUUGCUGGACAGGAGGUGGUGGGGCGGGGGGGGGGGGGGGGGGAAUGGGUGAAAUAAAUGAAGGGAAUUAAGAGUACACUUUCAUGAUGAGCACUGAGUUAUGUAUAGAAUUGUUGAAUCACUAUAUUGUACACCUGAAAUGAAUAUAACACUGCAUGAUAAUUAUACUUGAAUAAAAAAUGGUUGAAAAAUUAAAAAUAUAUAAGAAAACUACUGUAUAAUCCAAUGAUACUACUUCUGGAUAUAUAUCCAAAGGAGUCGAAAUGAAGAUAUUGAGGAGAUAUCUGCACUCCCGUGUUCAGCGUUAUUUAUUAUAGCCAAGAUAUAGAAACGACAUAAGUGUCCAUUGAUGGAUGAAUGAAUAAAGAAAAUGUGCACAGCUUUCUGUAUGUUAAUCAUAAUCGAAUAAAUGGCUUUAAAAAAGAAAAUUGCACUUUUUUGAUUCAAAAUUUUACUGAAUAGUUUUAAUAGAUGAGAUGAGUAGAAUACUAGACAUGCCAGAUGAAAAAUUAGCAUAUUCGAAGGUAUAGAAACUUAAAAACACACACACAAAGAAAAAAUAAUCCAACUAAAAUGAUAAGAGCAUCAGGGAAAUAUGGGACAAAUUCAGGCAAUCCAACGAGCAUAUAAUUCGAUUUCUGAAACAGAAGUUUGUAUGUGGAGAGGGAUGACAAAAAAAGAUUUAAGGACACGAUGGCCAAAAUUUUCCAAAUUUUCUGAGAACAGAACCAAAGGUCUAAGCAAAACCCAAGCACUAGAAACAUGAAAAAAUCCACACCAAAAUGCAUAAUACAUUGCUCAAAACCAGAGAUAAAGAGAAAAUCUUAAAAACAGCCAAAAGGAAAAAUUACAUGUUUCAUACUGAGGAACAAAGAUAAAGAUGACAUAAAAUUCUCUUCGGAAAGAAGUAAAUGAGAAUUCAGUGAUACAGGCACUUUUGAAGGACUGUGAAUAAAAAUCUGCCAACCCAGAAUUUGAUACCUGUAAAACUGUCAAAAAUGAAGGCUUACAAAAGAUAAAAGGAUUAAUCACUAGCAAGCCUACAGAAUAAUAACUGAUAAAGUCAGUCCUUCCAAGAGAAAGAAAAUUACGCCAGAUGAAAAUAUGCAGAGCUAUGAAAAAGAAUGAAGAGCACUGGAAAUAGUAACUAUAUAGUAGGUAUUUAAGAUAUUUGUUUUAAUUAUUUAAAUGUCUGAAAGAUAAGAGACUCCACAAAAAUAGUAACAAUGCAGUGUGGAGUUCAUAACAUACGUGGAAGGAAAAUAUAUGACAAUAAUAUCAUAAAAGCUGAGGGGGUAGAAAUAGAAGUAUACUAUUAUAAGUUUCUUAUAUGUGAAGUGGUAAAACUAUCACUUGGAGGUAGGUAAUAAGUUAAAGAUGUAUACUGUAAACACGAAAGCAACCACUGAAAUAAAAGUAAAAAG